UAAUAACUGCGGAUUAAAAAUCGCAGAUCCAUUUUCUCCUUCACUGUCGUCAGUGCAAUCGAAUCGGAGACACUUCACGAACCCUAAUUAGAUUCAAAACAACCAAAACCCACCGUUGUCAACCUCAAUUCCAUUAUUCUCUUCGUCGGCGUCACGAUUCUCGGCAAUCGUAGGUCGGAACUUCGCGAAUCACAGAGCUGUGAACCUCCGUUCGCGUGAUUUGUCUCUGCGAUUCCUCAAGAGUAUCUUGUAGAUUGUACAAUACAAGUGGAUUUGGUUUAAGUGCUAUUUUUGUUGAUCUGAUUUGAAGGUUGUGGAAGUUAAAAUUUUUUUGCUCAAGAUCGAAGUCUGCUUUCUCUGUUUCUCAUAGAUUUUUCUUUUCCUUCGAUGGCAUAUCCAUUCUCAGAUUUCAAGUACUCCGAUGGCCUCACUGUGGUGGGUAUCUCCUUUUGUACAGCUAUUGUUUGUGAGGCCAUCUCAUGGGUUCUUAUUUACCGCACCAAUUCUUACAAGAACCUCCGGUCCUCCAUUGAUAAAGCCUCCAAGAAACUCGAGACUAUGAAGACAGACAGCAACAAAAUCAACAUUAAGAAGUCCAAGACCAAAAAAAUUGACCGUGUUGAGACAAGCCUCAAAGAAUCCAGCCGUGACUUGUCUCUUUUCAAGUUCAAAUCUGGUGGUGUGGUUGCUCUGGUUCUCUUUGUGGUCUUUGGAUUGCUAAAUUCGCUCUUUGAAGGCAAGGUAGUUGCCAAAUUGCCCUUCCAGCCUUUUGGGCUUGUUAUGAAGAUGAGCCAUCGAGGGUUGCAAGGUAAUGAUCCCACUGAUUGUUCCAUGGCAUUUCUAUACUUCUUGUGUUCCAUUAGUAUCAGAACAAAUUUGCAGAAGUUCUUGGGUUUUGCACCGCCAAGGGGUGCUGGUGCUGGCCUCUUUCCCAUGCCAGACCCGAAGACCAGUUGAUAUAGUUUGGUUGUAUUAAACAUUUUAUCUCGCCCUUUCUAGGUUGAUGUUAAUCUGGAACUGCAUAAUUUAAGUCAAUUUAUAAUUUAUUUGUAUCUCUUAGGGAGACCCGCAUGAUUUUAAUUUGUUAUUAUAACUGAUACUGAAGAAGUCAACUUCAGUUUUAUGAUGGUUAUUUGCUUAUUUAGUGCAAUAAAAAAAGUUUCUUUGCUUGUCUA